AAUAAUAAUAAUAAUAAUAAUAAUAAUAAGGUAGUGUUUGGGAAGGAGGUGAAGGAGGUGAGUCGGAUAGCAAUGCCGAUGAUAGUGGUGACGGUGUCACAGUACCUUUUGCGCGUUUCACCAAUGAUAAUGUUGGGUCAUCUUGGUGAACUUCAACUUUCUAGUGCUUCUAUUGCUACUUCACUUUCCAAUGUUACCGGCUUCAGUCUUCUUUUUGGCAUGGCUAGUGCACUGGAGACUCUAUGUGGGCAGGCAUAUGGCGCAGGACAAUAUCGAAAACUUGGAACUUUUACUUAUGGUGCAAUUAUUUGUCUAUUCCUUGUAUGCAUACCAGUUUCUGUUCUGUGGAUCUUCACGGAUAGGCUUCUUAUAUUGAUGGGCCAAGAUCCUGAAAUCGCAACUGAAGCUGGAAAAUACACGAUUUGGCUCAUUCCUACGCUAUUUCCAUAUGCUAUUCUUCAGUCACUUGUCCGGUACCUGCAGGCACAGAGUUUAAUCCUACCAAUGCUUUUGAGUGCUGUUGUAUCUUUAUGCUUCCAAGUGCCGAUAUGUUGGGUUUUUAUAUUCAAAUUGGAUUUGGGGAACGCUGGAGCAGCAAUGUCAAUUGGUUUAUCCUAUUGGCUGAAUGUGAUCUUGCUUAUGCUUUAUGUGAAGUACUCAUCAGCUUGUGCAGAAACUCGGGCUUCAUUCUCUAGAGAUGUUUUUCUGACUAUAGGGGACUUCUUCCGCUUUGCUAUCCCAUCUGCUGUAAUGGUUUGCUUGGAAUGGUGGUCGUUUGAACUAAUCAUUCUCCUCUCUGGUCUGUUGCCAAAUCCAGCGCUAGAGACUUCCGUUCUAUCCAUAUGCUUUACAACCACUUCAGUGCACUACCAUAUACCUUAUUCUUUCGGUGCCGCUGCAAGCACUCGUGUUUCAAAUGAGCUUGGAGCGGGGAGGCCACAGGCCGCGAAAGUUGCUCUUGGCGCUGUGCUAAUUCUUUCUGUCACAGAGGUUGUUCUUGCAAGUAUUUCUAUAUUCGUGGUCCGCCAUGUAUGGGGCUAUGUAUUUACCUAUGAGAAAGAAGUAAUCACUUAUGUAGCAGAAAUUACUCCUGUUCUUUGCAUCUCAAUCAUCAUGGAUGGCACCCAAGCCGUAUUAUCAGGAGUUGCCAGAGGAAGUGGGUGGCAGCAUAUUGGAGCCUAUGUGAAUCUUGGAGCAUAUUAUUUGGUUGGAAUUCCAACGGCUCUAUUGCUGGGAUUUGUUUUGCAUCUAAAAGGCAAAGGCCUUUGGAUUGGAUUGGUGGCUGGAGCAACUGUGCAAUCUAUUUCGCUUUCCCUUAUCACAGGCCUCACCAAUUGGGAAAAACAGGCCAUUGAAGCAAGACAUAGAAUCUUUAGUGGAAGGCCUGCUGUUGAAAAUCAGUUCAUGGAAUGAAAGAGGAUGUGCAGAUGCUAAAUUGUGAAAUAAACCUUCAACUUGCUAUGAUUUAGCGAGAAAUAGAAUCACCACUCAUCAUAGUACCAAUUGGACAAUUUUGAAAGUGAUCAGCCUCUUAGAUGUAAAUGAACAACUUUGGCGGAUCAGCUUCCUUAAACAUGUGUCUCCUGCACUUGUCAGGUUAAGUUGAAUUUGUUUUGCUUUGCUAAAUCGUUUAGCUGCGGCUUCUUGUAACUUGUAACGCAAAUUUCUUGUUCGAAAAUAUAGCACCAAUGAUUAGUUUUU